AAUUCAUAAUUUUUAAUGAUUUCAAUUGAAUAAUUUUUUAAGCAGUAAGAUAAUAAUACACGUGACGACAUACAAAAAAAGAACGUAUUUUAACGCAAGUAAUCGUAAGUUUCAAAGUUCCAUCAACGAUGUCGAAAUAGUUGGACGUUCCGAGAACUGGUAUACGAUCGAUGAGUGUUGUAUGGAUAUGACUCUCAGUAUUAAUAAGAUAUUUCAAAGUUUUCGCAAUAAAUGCACUAUUAUCCGAAAAUAAAAAACAAUGUUAUUAAUUAAGAAGAAUCGUACUUCGCUAACGAUACGGCAUAGAAAUGCUGUUAUAUCGUGAGUUUCGAAAAAUCGUACGAAACUCGAAAAUUAUAACCUAAUGGAGGUUAUUUAUGCCUACUUCCGUAUAUGAAAGUUUGUUUAUAAUAGUUGUUAAGAAACAUUUGAAUAUUUCAAAAUGUUGGAAGGACUCGUUGCCUGGGUGCUAAAUAAUUACCUAGGAAAGUAUGUCGAAAAUUUAAACACAGAUCAAUUGAGUAUUGCUUUAUUGUCAGGAGAAGCUGAGUUAGAAAAUCUUCCAUUAAAGAGGGAGGCAUUGCGUCACAUUGGUUUACCAAUUGAAAUAAAAGCAGGAUUUAUCGGUAAAGUUAGGUUGCAAGUACCUGUUCGUCAAAUAAGAACAGCCUCGUGGGUUAUAGUUAUAGAGCAGCUUUAUUUAGUAGCAGGACCGAUCAGUUUAGAAGAAUUUGACGUUGAGGCAGAGGAACAAGCAAUUUUAGAAUAUAAGUUAAGUCGGCUAGAUUCUUUAGAAGCAAGAUGGAGAGCUGACACGGAGCAUGAUCCUGGUUAUUAUGCUACAAGUUAUAGUUCUUGGGUAAAUUAUGGCACCUCCUUAGUCACAAAUAUCAUCGAAAACUUACAGCUUAACAUUAAAGAUGUUCAUAUAAGAUAUGAAGACGGUAUAACAUUAUCGGAUGGUAUAGCACUGGGUAUAACUAUAGGAGCUUUAACUGCUCAAAGUUGCGAUGCUAGUUGGAUACCAGGCUCUACUUCAUGGAAUCUCACAGAUGCCUCUUUUAAGCUUAUGGAACUUGAUAAGCUUUCCAUUUACUGGAAUCACCUGAAGACAAACGAGUUUUUCGGUUCUCUCAAUCUUGGUGAUUUAGCUAUCGCUAUGAGUGAACCAAGAAACAUAAUAAAGAAAUAUGUUUUAUCACCAGUUAAUGCAAGGGCGCAUAUUAAAAGAGAUAGAUCUGAACGACCAUUGAGAUCAACAAGUAAACCAAGAUUUAUAGUUGACCUUUUGUUAGACGAUGUCCCGUUGUGUCUAACAGACGUACAAUACGAACAAAUAGUUAAAUGUAUAAAAGGCCUGAAGGAUAUAGACCGACGUAAGCAACAGAGGCGUUGCAGGCCAACGGUCAGUGUCUCCUCGUCACCUAAAGAAUGGUGGAAAUACGCAGCACGUUGUCAUCUUGGUAAAGAUACUUUGAAACCUAAACCCUCCUGGGAAGACAUACUGCGAAGAGGCAAAGAGAAUAUCUUAUACGUGGAGAGUUACACUAAAUUGCUAGGGACACCUACCAGUAUUUUACCUUCAGACACGAAACAGUUAAAAGAGAAGGUAGAACAGGAGCGGAGUUUCGACGAGCUUAGGGUGCUCAGAGAAAUAGCGAUGCGCAGAGCUAGGCCACCGAAACCUGUACAAAAUUCAGACGUGAACGUACCACAGCCACGUGGAAUGCUUGAACAGUGGUUUCCACAGUGGUGGGGAUGGUACUCGAAGGCACCGAACAUAAACACUCAGAGUUCAUCGUCCACGUUUGAUGGGGAGCUUUUGGACGUCUUAGCGGACACCAUGGACGAUGAUACUUUGUUACGUCGCGACACAGUCUUUGGACAAUUUAAUUUCACUUUAUCGAAAGGGGCUGUUUCUCUCUGUACAACGAAGAACGAUAACGAGAAAGCUGUGAUAGAGCUGCAAUUCGAACGAGUGAACUUAAGUUACGAAUCGAGACCCAGGUCUGGAUCCCACAAGUUUUCCAUCAGUUUAGGAGCCUUGUAUCUCCAUGAUUAUCUAACAGAGAAUUCUACCUUCCCCAUUCUGGUGCAGCCGCAAUUAAUAUUCCCUGCUACCUCCAGAAUUCGUAGUUCCACAGAGAAAUUAACCAAUCAAUUGCCCCAACACCUGUUCGAGAUGACUUACGAGAAGAGACCGUUGCAUUUAACAGCCGAUCACUCGUUGCACGUGAACUCGAGGUCGUUGGACGUGGUGUACAACCCAGCUGUGAUACAUUGGCUGAUAGAUUUCAUGUGCAAACCGCACAGGUCAUCGUCGAACCAGAAGCUCCAAGCGAUGAAACGUAGAACACGAAGGCAGCUUAUCAAGAAUUGGGAACAGAUCUUGGAUGCUGACAUUGUGUAUCGUUCCUCGUGGGACUUGCAGUUCAACAUAUCAGCGCCACAAAUAUUACUGGUCGAAAAUUUCGUGGAUUCAAACGCCGCUGUGGUGGUGGUCGAUUUUGGAAAGCUUCAUCUAUCGAACAACGUACAGAACAACGAGGUGAUCAUAAAACCUGGCUCAGGUACCACCAGCGACGACGAGGACGAAAGAUUCGAGACACCCUGCUCGACUCCGCCUGGCAGCCAAGAGAACGGUUCCAUUCAAGACUUCCAGACGAUAUCCGAGACAGCGUUGCAUCAGAAAUUGUACGAUCAUUACUCCAUCGACUUGGUGGAUCUGCAGAUUUUAGUUGGAAAGGUAAACGACAAUUGGAAACACAUACGUACCAGAGGUAUGUCCAGCUUGCACGUUUUGGAACGUUUCAACAUAUCACUGAAGAUCGAGAGACGUGUGUUCGUUUCGUCGGAUCCUAACUUGCCAUCAGUCACGGUAUCUGGGAAUCUACCACGAUUGGUGGUGCACGUUAACGAACAGAAGGUGGAGGCAAUUCGACUGAUGUACAGUUUGCUAACGAGCUUCUCCAAAUCCACUGGGAUCCAACAGGCUGAUGUGAUAAACGUUGAACCAGAGAGUCCUAAGAAAGAAGAGAGCUUGGACAAGUCUUUGAGUCAUGCGUUGAUGGUUCAAUUUAUGAUUGAUCAAAUGACAUUCGAAUUGCAAUCAAGAGGUCGCAGUGUAGCAGAAUUACAGGUGUCCGGAGUACGAGCUGCUUUCAGCAAAAGGGCAGCAGACAUCAGUGUUUCCCUGUCGGUCCAUGGCUUGCUGCUCGUGGAUGCUCUUCAAGAAUUCGGUCCUGAUUUCGAGUUGCUGGUAGCUAGUCACAAACACGUAGGGAUGGAUAGCAUCUCGGGUAGUCUGAGGGACUCGGAGCCAACGUCACCUGUCUCACCGGUCUCUCCAGGAUCCCCAGACCCUACAGUGCCAAGAAGAUUGACUUCCCCAAUAGCUCUGACAAAUGCUCUCUCGAAUCUAGCGAACAAGGCGAAGAAUCCACAGUCACCUAGAAAUAAUUCUUUGAUCGAUUUAGAAAAGAUGGACUCCGAGGCUCUGAUCGUGGUCGAAUUAAUGUUGGUGUACGACGCUUUGGAGAUUCUUAGAGUCGCCAACAUUCAGUUCAACAAUCUGGACAUAAUCGCCAAUCAGGAAACGAUUGUAGAACUGAUGGGUUUCUUCAGAAGGAUAUUCCCGUCCAGAAAAUUGAGGCCAGGCAUCAUAGAAAGACAGGAGUCCCUUUCGAAUCAGAGCACAGAACCGAAAGUGUCGACCAGUACAAGGAUCACCUUCGAUUUCCAUAGACUGAACGUUCUACUGUUGCGGGCAGUGAUGCAGGAUAAUCAUUUGGUAGGGCAAAAGAUAGCUACAGCCACCAUGUGCGAUGCCCGGAUCCAAGCGACACUGGCAGUGAACGCAUCCAUCUCUGGAUCACUCGGAGGUCUUCAGGUGCUGGAUCAAACGUCGACUGGUAAAACGCAUCAGCGUAUAAUCAGCGUUGGAAGAGACCCCAUAGCCGAUCCACCUCAGCAUCCGUUCGAACACUUCACCGGUCUGACGGACCAGCCGGAAGCCUUAAGGUUCUCAGCCAACAAGUGUACCAAACUGUGUUUCCCACAGCAGGAUGGAACGGGGACUUUGAUAGACUUAGCAGUGCGCAUUGGCAGCGUAUGGUACACCCACGCCCCACACCUGCUAUCAGAAUUGCGUUCAUGUGCCGACGAGUUCAAACAGUAUCUGAGCAACCUUGCACGCCAGAUCAGCGCAGCAGCCACAGACAUGGCCAUUGGUCUUGUCAACGCAGAGGACUGGUCGAUACCACCUCGAAGACGUCUGCCGAGUCUCUCCGUAGACCUGGACAAUUCAGGGACUCUGUCUCUGAAGUUGGACGUUCUUCUGGACAGUCCUGUCCUGGUGAUACCAAGGUCGUCCCACAGCAGACAGGUGUUCGUUGCACACCUUGGUACCAUGUCUUUGCAACACGAACCUCAUCCUGGCUCUAUGGCUAAGCACAAAGUGACUCUGGAAGUCCGGGACAUGAAUCUGUACUCUUUAGAGAUAUCUGCGAAUAUUGGAAAAGCGCCUAGCAAUCUCCCUUUGAGGGCGGAGCAAAUGUAUAGCUGUAAGGAGUCAGGUAAACCGAUCUUGCACGAUACUGUCUUGAAAGUAGUGGUCGAGAAGGAAACCACUCUGGCACAAAGUCCCAGCUUCUUCUUCGACGGUGAGUUCUCCAACAACCCCAUCGUCCAGGUGCACGGAGUGGUGAUGACACCUCUGAAAGUAUCUCUGUCUCGAGGACAGUACGAGCAACUGUUGGACACGAUAAACAGGCUGUUCUCUAUGCCAGUGUCUGUGCCGGUUGUUCAGAAACUGCAGACAACGAAUAAAGUACCGAACAACUAUUCGGACAAGCUGGACCUCUCCAUCAAGGUUCUGUUCGAGUUGCCCACUUUGAGCAUGGAGUUGAAGCAAGGUCCUCAGGAGCAACCACUGGUUGAAUUAUCGAUGCGGGAUUUCGUGGCAAAGUAUGAGAAGCUGCAGAGGAACGAAUCUACCAUUCAAGUUGCCCUGCGUUCACUCCUCAUGGAGGACUUGCUGUGCCCUAUCGGCUCGCGACAUCGUUGCAUGAUGCAGUCAUCGGCACCGACACGUGCCAAGCUUCCCGCCGGUGUCUCCAAGUCCUGCCCCAACUUUGCGUUCGUUCAACAGGUCAGGAGUGAAUUUGGGAGGGGGAGCUUGCCGGAUAGAUUGGAGACGGACACGUUGUAUGGCACCAUUCCUGCUCACUGGCGUAGGAAACCUGUGUCGUUGAUACAUACGCCAAACACACCACCUCCAUCGCCAGGUGCGUCGACCAGUGAAGAGAAUCUGGUCCUAUUGAGUAUCAGCAUCAUCGAACCAGACUGUGAUCAACAGACAAAGGAUCAGUUUCAUCAGAAGAUAGUAACUGUAGACUUCAAUUGUUUGGACUUGGUGAUCAGUGUCGAGUCCUGGAUGGUGGUGUUCGACUUCUUUGGAUUUGCUGGACCGUCUAGAGUGAAUCCUAAAGUCACUAUGCAUCAGACGUCCAUAGACGUAGAUCAGUUGGACAAAGUGGAUAAUUUACCUCUGAGGUCAGAGACUGAGAUAGAAGUUAGGUCUUUGACGUUAGUUCUGAUACAGUCUGAGAGGGAGAUCGCGAAGGCGAACGUGUCAAACGCAAGUAUGCACAUUCUGAAGGCAAAUGGAAAGACAAAGAUAUCAGGAUCCUUGGGAUCCAUGUCCCUGUUAGAUCUGACACCGCAUGGCAGGUUUUACAGAGAGAGGUUCCUCUCGUCAGGCAGGAAAGCUCUGAAUUUUCAGUAUUCUAGUUACGUAGACACAGAGAAACGACCUUACGAUGCCCAAUUGAAACUGGAAAUGUCUGCGGUUCACUAUGUACACACUCAGAGAUUCGUAGCCGAACUACAGGCAUUCUUUGGUCACUUCUCACAACUGUGGACCAUCAUGGCGAAUCUAAGAGCUGGAGUUGGUGCUGUUAUCGAUACCAAUAAAAGAAGCAUGAGAUUAUCGUUACAGCUCCAAGCAGGUGCUCCUGUGAUAUUGUUGCCAGUUAGUUCCAGGUCCGAUGAGUUGAUAUUGUUAGAUCUAGGUGAGCUCACUGCUCACAAUAAGUUUGCAGAAUCAGAAGUGGUGGAUAAAUGCAUGCUAGACGUGAUGUUCCUUGAGCUAGUCAACAUGGACGUUUAUGCGGCCAAGAGAGUGAACUGCGACGAUCAGGAUGAUAAAAUGGACACCUUGGUGGUCGGUGGUUUUCACAUUAAAAAACUUGGAUCCUCUUUGCUUACUGAGAUGUGCCACUUGAAGUUACGUAUCGAAAGAAACUUGGACACUUACAUAAGCAGAGAGAUUCCAGACUUGAGCAUACACGGGACGCUCUCAACCAUGGACUGUGCUUUGGAUCCAGCACAGUACAUGUUGAUUCGUGGACUCCUCUCUUACAAUAUUGGGGAAAACUUGGAGGAUCUACGUCAGUUUAUGCAGGAUCUUGAUCAGACUGCUGAAUACUCGAUAGUCAGCGUGGAUAACAGAGGAAAGAUCUGGAAGAAAUCCUGUAUAACUCUGGAAUUAGUGAACGUGACAGUCAAGUUACACCCAAAUCACAAUAUAGCAGCUUUGGCUUGUGUUAAUUUUAUUAAAUCCAGGUUGACGUUGGACUCCCUGAGCGAUGGCUCGCAGGACAUUGACCUGGUGUCCCAGGAGAUUUUAAUCAUAGACACAAGGUUCCAGGAUGAACCGGUUAAUAAACAGUCCAACGUUUUCACUAGUAUCUUGCAGCCCCUCAGGAAUUCCAAUAACGAAAAUCGUGUCCAGGCUGAGGUGCACCAUAGGAGGCGGAAGACAAACGCAGCGACCACUAUUCUCGUGCACAGCAUGCGACUGACUGCUAUUCUUGACUGGUGGGAGGCGGUCAGGGACUUCCUGAUGUUGAAUUCCCUCGAGCCCAGGCCCAUCAUUGGAAUUGCUCAAACAGCGACAGAGAGUAACCAGGAGAACGAUAACAACGCUUCGACGGCGAUACCCCUUGAAUUAAAAAUCAACAUCACUGAUUCCGAGUUGGUGAUCGUGGAGGACACUUCGGUGCGCGACACCAACGCUGUUAUCCUGAAGAGCACCGCUGUACUUUCGUACAGAUCGGCUCCUCAUGAAGGAGAGAAACCGUUGUCCUGUAAUCUGUCUCAUUGCGAGCUAUUCUCUUGCAUUCUGGGACUGGAAGAAGAGACCGCCCUGUCCAUCAUCGACCCCGUAGGUGCCAGUUUAGAUUUGACGCAGGAUAAAUGCCUCGAGAUCCAACUGCAACCACUCUGCGUGAGAUUGAGCUACCACGACGUGACCAUGUUCUCCAGGAUGCUCAAAUCUCUGCCGAAACAGACACUGCUGGCCAAGCAACGAUCCAGCGAAGCGUUGACCUCUGCUGAAAUGCAGGUGCAAAAGUUAACAGCAUUGGGGUUCAACGAUGCUGAUUGCAGAGCAGCCUUGGAUCUCUGUAAUGGCCAGCUGGACGAGGCAGCCUUAUGGCUGACCCAAAACGCGGUACCUGACUCUAACGUUAACACCAACAACGAAUCUGUCUUUCACACUGUUGAACUGCAAACGCCUUGUGCAAGAAUAUGCAUCAUCGAUGACUGUAGAGAUGCUGAUGUACCAUUGUUAGAGAUCUCGUUGCUGGAUCUAAACUUGAAGCAAGCAUGCAUGGGACCUGGUUUAGUAUCCACCACGUUCAGCAUUGAUUAUUAUAACAGAGUACUCAGUGGCUGGGAACCUUUUGUGGAACCAUGGAAAGCCACUGUCCAUUGGGAACAGACCCUAACUAAUUCCCUCAAUUCCAAAAGAUUGCAGAUGUCUGUUGACUCUCAAGAUUCUGUUGACGUUAACAUAACAUCCACAUUGGUAGAACUGAUAGAGUUAGUGAAGAACAACUGGAUGCAGGAUUUCUAUUCAACCUCCAACAAAGAUGUUAAUGUGAACAAAGCAACAGGGAAUGGAACAGCGUACAGGCGUCGAAUGCCUUUCAUUCCUUUUGCCUUGAAGAAUGAAACUGGCUGUAAAUUGUGGUUCAAAACGAUCAUCGCCACUGCUGACGAUACCAAGGAUAUAGGACAGAAUUUCAAGAGCAAGAAUGUAUUUCAGAAGGAUGAUACCUGGCUUGAAGUUGUUCCUGGUGACACAAUUCCAUUCACCUUUGAGGGAAGGGGGAAAUUAAGGCAUCAUGCCACUCAUACGGUCAGAAGACAUCAGAUCACAGUGCUGAUAGAUGGAUGGAGACCGGUAGACCCUGUUACAGUUGACCGUGUUGGAAUAUACUUUAGGCAUGCGAAUGCAAACUUUACUACCUCACAGUUGCGGAUGUUCACACCAAAGGCUAGAAUAGUAUUCGCUGUUGAAUUAGAAGGAUCAGCUAGGAAAUUGGUUACGGUUAGAUCAGCCUUGCAAAUAUCCAACAAAUUAAAACACCCAGUGGAGAUCAAAAUGGAGAAAUCUUUGAAUCAGUUUGGACAUUUGUCUUUGUCAGUUAACGACAGGAUACUUCAGGUACCUGCAUUAUCGACCGUGUCGGUACCUUUAACGCACACCGGUAUACAGAUGUGUCUGAAGCCUCUUAAUCUGAAUACCUUGUUCCAAUAUUGUACAGAAACGAUAGAUUGGACAGUAGUAAAGAAACCAUUAGAGAUUAUUGAAAAUCGUAUCACAUGUAGAGCUAACCAUAACAAUAUAUUUAGAAUGUGUGUAGCAGUGAUGAGAGAUAAUUAUCCACCUGACACCAGUCAGAUACUACCAGGUCAUACGAUAACUGUGAUGGCUCCUCUUACAUUGACCAACUUAUUACCCCACGAGUUGUUGUUCGAAGUAGGUACAGAGAGCGGUAGAAUCCUACCUGGUGGCAGCGCAGACUUGCAUGCUGUGAAUGUUGAAGAGCAGCUGGAGAUCACUAUACAAUUGGAUGGUUAUCCCGGUCCAGGAAUGAUGAUAUUACCACCGCACACCAACUCGUUCACUGCUCGUCUUAGACUAACAGAUUCCCCUGGCAGAAUAUUAUACCUACACGCAGCUGUUAAUAUAGAAAAGGGAUCUGGUACACAGAUCAACAUCACCGCACCAUAUUGGAUUAUUAAUAAAACUGGUUUGCCUCUGGUGUUCCGGCAAGAAGGAGUUGGAGCUGAGGCAGCUGGCCAAUUCGAAGAGCACGAGAAGGCCAGAAUGGUGGAACCAUUGUUAUUUUCUUUCAGCGAUGAAGAAGCCAGCAGAACCCUGUCGGUAAGAGUGGGUACUGCUGUGCAUCCACAAGGAAUUCCACAGUGGUCGCAGCACUUUCAUUUGCAACCUGGAAUACAGGUGCAUCGUCUUAGGAUAUCCCUACGCGACGGUCGACCUGACAUAGUAUAUUUAAUCAGUGUGGCUACUAGGACAGCAAGAGGAAAAUACAGGGCUACCACCGUGGUUACUUUAUCUCCAAGAUAUCAACUGCAUAAUAAAUCAAGUUUCACUUUGGAACUAGCUCAGAAAUGUUUCACGACAACAAUUAGUCACCCAGAUGCUCAAGCAACGUAUAUCAGAACCAUGCCCGAUUGUCACAUGCCGUUUCACUGGCCACGUCUCGAUAAAGACUUAUUAUUGUGCGUCCGUAUCAUAAAUGUUAAAGAUUGCAUGUGGUCAGGUGGUAUCAGACUGGACGAUAAUUAUUCACUGACUAUUAACAUCAGAGACGCGGCAGGAAGAAUGCAUUUCCUUCGAGUAGAUGUUGUGCUACAAGAAAGUACCUAUUUCAUCGUGUUCACUGACGCGGAUACCAUGCCACCCCCUAUAAGAGUUGAUAAUUUCUCGGAGGUGCCUUUGAUAGUAAAUCAGGUCACGGUACACGACAGUCUGCAGUGGACUGUCAGGCCACAUUCCUCCGUACCAUAUGCACUGGAUGAACCAAUUCAGACAGCUGGUUUAGUUUUAACCGCGCCUGGAGGUGUGACAGCUACGUAUGACUUGAAUAUGCUUGGAGAAAGCAGAGGUCUGACGUAUGAAAACUUCAUCUACAUUGCUUUCGCUGGUACCUUCAAGACAGACUGCGAUCUGGGAACAGGAGAGGGCGGUCUUGAUCCUUUAGACGUUGAAACUCAAAGGUUGGUUUUAGAAGCUGGCCCCGGUGGCUGGGUUGCUCUUAGAAGGAAGCAGUACGGAGCUAGAUCACAGCUUUGGAGAAUGACCGGUGAUGGUCAGUUACAACACGAAGGCUCUAGCCCACCUAGAGACAAACAUUCAAAAACCCCUGAGACGGUGUUAGUUCUGGACAUAGCAGGCACAGCCCCACAACCCUUUACCUAUUGUGCCCUUGCGUUAAGGAAACCUGAUCCUAGAAGAAGAUCAACGCAAACUUGGCGGUUCACCGAUGAUGGACGAUUGUGUUGUGCGCACAAGAACAUGUGCGUUCAGUCAAAGGAUGGAUUUAUGGGAUUACAUGAAGGCGGCAGUGUCGCCCGUUGGCAAAUGUGGAGUGAAGCAGUAUUGGGCCCCCAGACUCACUCCAGUCCUCCUCCAAUUGAACAACGCGUGGGAAGACAAAAAUUGAGACCAGGAUCUGGCUUCUUAUCAAUCAGAGUAACUACCGAUGGUCCAACCAGGGUGUUACAGGUGUUGGAUAUCAAAGAAAGGAAGAAAACUUUUGCCUUAUUAGAAGAACGUGACUGGUCCCACAUCGCUGUGAGCCACCGUCCAACGCAGAUAUACACCGACGCUGAAAAAUUAAAUUCUCGCGAAUUAGAAUUGAAGGUGAAUCUGAUAGCUGGCCUGGGAUUGUCGAUUGUUUCCCGGAGGCCGGUCGAAGAGUUGCUGUUUGCUCGUUUAGCUGGAAUCUCCUUGGAACUCGUACAGACUCCCGCAAAUAUCACUUUAGAUCUGAGCGUGGAGGACAUACAAAUUGACAAUCAAUUGUUUGAAGCGCAAUGCAGCUCUGUCUUAUACGUGACACGGGCAGCCCGCGUCGAAAGCGAGCACAGGCCGGCUAUACACGUGGUCGCUGAGAAAUUGAAGUCUAGAAGCCAGAACGCUGAGAUAUACAAACACGUGAUCGUUACGAUUAAGCCUCUUUGUAUACAUUUGGAGGAGAAGCUGAUCUUAAAAUUGGCUGCGUUCAUCGGGGCGGGAAGAUCGGAACUGGAGGUGCCGGUGGAUGAAAAUGAUUUCAAAGCGCAGAGAUUUAUUUCAGAGGUGUCCGCCGCCCACGCCAAGCGAUACUACUUCGGUGCAUUGAAAAUUGUUCCUAGCCAAGUGAAAUUAAGCGUGCUUACCACCACAAAACUACCACGCCAUUUACAGGCAAUAAAAAGACAAUUAGGCCUAACAUUGAUCAAGUUCGAAGACGCCACUAUUGAAUUAGAGCCAUUCAUUAAGAAACAUCCCUUCGAAAGUACUCAAUUCUUAGUGCAUUCCAUUGUAAAGCAUUACAAAGAUGAACUGAAAUGGCAAGCUGCUGUAAUACUAGGGUCUGUAGAUUUCUUGGGUAAUCCUCUUGGCUUCGUGAACGAUGUCACCGAAGGUGUAUCCGGCUUGAUUUAUGAAGGAAGCGUAAAAACAUUAGUGAAAAACGUCACUCAUGGUAUAUCAAAUUCAGCUGCCAAGGUGACAGAGUCAUUGUCCGAUGGAUUGGGCCGAGUAAUAAUGGACGAAAGGCACGAAGAAGCUAGACAAAGGAUUCGCGCGAAUACUGCGGGUAGUAGCGACCACUUGGUGGCUGGAUUAAAGGGUUUUGGCUUUGGCUUACUAGGAGGGGUAACGAGUAUCUUCAAGCAGACUUAUGACGGUGCUGCAAACGAAGGAUUUCCUGGUUUCUUCGCUGGUUUUGGUAAGGGGGUCGUUGGAACAAUCACAAAACCAGUGGUGGGGGUGUUGGACCUUGCCACAGAAACUGCCACUGCUGUACGAGAGACAAGUAGAAGCGCUCAUCGUACAAUACCAAAACGAGAUAGAUACCCUCGUGUCGCUAGUGGUCCAGCCGGCCUACUGCCUCCUUAUAAUCGUCAACAAGCGGAGGGUCAAGAGUUUCUCUACAUAAUAAACGAUCAUAAUUACUCGGAAUUGUUCGUAGCGUACGAGUGCCUGCGUACAGGCACGGAGAACCUAAGGGUACUCGUGUCGAACGAUCGUGUCCGCGUGAUAUCCGGCGGUACGAAAGGGGUGGUGACUGAAGUCAGUUUAGCGGAUUUGUUGUAUUGUCAGCCGAUGCAUAAAGUGGAAAGUAACGAUGUCACGUUGUACUACAUAGAAUUAAUAUCCAGAUCGGAUUCAACGAUAACCGUUAACGUGGACGGUCCUGAACUAUUAAGGAGACCCAAGGUGCGAUGCGACAACGAAGAGGUGGCCAAAAGAGUGUCGCAACAAAUCAAUUAUGCCAAGGGAAUGCACGAAGAACGCAGUUUAACUCUGACUUCGUCGGACAAUAUGAUAGAUGAUGUCCAAUACUACAAAUAAUUACGAAUGAUCGCGCACUGAGAUAAUCUCUGUUUUGUGUUAACCUAUCUAUUUCAAUUGCUAGUCGAUAUCUCGGUUUCUAUGUUUCUUUGUCUCUGUUGUCUCUUUUUUUUUUAACGAUGCACAUAAUGAUGCCUUACUACGCUUAAACUAAGUUGAUGAUAAGACUGACGCAAGGUACCAUUGAUGCAGAAACUUUCUUAAGUAUAAUAAUGGGAAAUCAGCUGGACAAUACACUUUGAAAAAAAGACAUGUUAGGAUGUUCGGUUAUCGCACAGGUAGUAUACAUGUAACUUUGAUACUAUUGAUAAAAGAGGUAAAUUAGGAGGUCUUUCAAAAGGCAAGGAUUUUUUUAAAGUGUGUGUACAUAUAUAUAUAUAUAUAUUAAAAAUAUUUAAUGAUACUGUACAAUAUAGUUAAGUAUAUCUGGACUAAUGUAAUCUACUUAAAAUGAAAAAGGUAACAAAUACCAAAGUUUUUACAUAGAAUAUAGGAUAUUUAUUUUCUAUUAACGAGUUUGAUAUUUUGCAAACUAUUUGCGUUCAGUAACUAUGAACUAUAUUUUUUAUGGUGUCGAGUGUAACGUUGUAUAAAGAUAAUAAGCCAUUAACCAAAGUAUUAAUAACUGUACAUUCUUCUUUUAAUGUUACAUGUGUACAAAUAAUUCAAACUUGUACAAAUACGAUGUAAGAUUAUAAUCAGCUACGUUCAAAUACAUUUUUAUAAGGCUGAUGCUUUGUACAGCUUGAGUAUACAGUAUACAUAUAUUUAUGAUAUUUGAUGAAUAAAACUGUGAAUAAAUAUCAGUACUUUAGAAAUGUACAGGAUUGCCCAAUCAUUAUUAACACCUGCAAAAGAAAACUGUUGAAUAUAAGUUGAUUAAUACAGAAGUGGCCAUUGUAUGUUGGCAAGUAUUUCAUUUUUAGCUGCAGUUUUCUUUUAAAUGAAUGGUACAAAAGAAAGAAAGUUGAAUUUAUAUAAACAUGUACUCUUAAGAACUUAAAA